AUGGGGGCAGCGAGAGGCGAGCGGGCACCGGGGCCUGGGGCCUCCCCGGAUCGCGGCGGCGGCGGCCGGCACCCACAGCACAGCCGCCUCGCAGGGCAACAACAAGCGACACCGCCCCUCCGAUUGGCUGCUCGCAAGCUCCUCCUGAUUGGACGAGGCAGACCUGGCUGGCGGGAGGAGCUGUGGCGGGGUCUCUGUGCGCACCCCGCCGAGGGCUGGCCUCGGCUCCUGCGGCAUCGUCCGGCCGGCGUCGCACGGCGGCGCCCUUCCCCUCCGCCCGCCGCCCUUCAGGGGCGGCCCGCCCCGCCUGUGCUGGGUCUGCUCCCCGUUGCCAUUGGCAUCCGUCCCCGGGCCGCCCGCGCGGAGGCCCUUUUUGGCGGCGCACAGAUGCGGUGCUGGGCUGGGGUUUGGGGCUGCAGCCCAGAGAUCAGUCCCCACCUGUUGCCGGCUCCUGAACAGGCCCCUUUGCUAGUGCCCUGUGCUAUUUACGCUGCAAGACCUGUCGGUUAUCAGUGUACCGGAUCGGUACGUGAAAUUAUAGAAAGCAACAGAGUACAUCUCAUUCAAAGAAUGGUAAUGAUCACUGUCGAGCAGAUAGCAGAUGACCUUUUGGCCUGCAAUGUCAUAUCUUGUGAAGAAGUGAAUGCCAUUGCCUGUGAAAAGUUUGAACAAGAAGACUCAAGAAUGAUGAUUUACAUGAUUCUGAAUAAAGGUUCAGAAGCCUGCAAUAUUUUGGUUAAGUCACUUGGGAAACACAAGCCUUUUCUCUUUCGUGACCUGCAAGGAUAUUGUACUACCAGGCAAGUGGAACAAGAUAAAUUAAAUUAUUUGAUUCAGGUUUUAAAGUAUGUGUAUCUAUUCAGCUUUUCAAAAAUACAUCCUCUGGGUAGUGACAUUGGCAUAAUUUUUUAUUUUGGAACUGCCUAUACUGAUGUCUUGCUGUGGAAAAAAAAUAUACAUAAUAGCAGGAAAGGGCAGCUGAUGCUUAACGUCCUUGUGGAGGAACUGAAAAAUCCCUGCAUUAUAGAAGGAGAAGCUGGCAAAGGAAAAACAACUCAUCUGAAAAGAAUUGCUGUACUCUGGGCUUCUGAAAAAUGCUCUGCUUUGGAAAUCUUCCAAUUUGUUUUCUUUAUCAGCCUGACUAGCACAAGAUGUGGAAUAUACACUGUCUGUGAUCAGCUUCAUUUUGAACACCACCUCAUCUGCAAACAAGGUUUCAUGAAAAUGCUACUAGUACAAAGACAAAAGGUUCUUUUACUGUUAGACAGAUAUGAUGAAUUCAAACCCCCAAACUGUCCAGAGAUAGAAGCAAUGAUUAAAGAAAACCACAAAUUCAGGAACAUGGUUAUUAUUGCUACCAGGACUGGAUCUAUUAAUAAAAUCAGACAGUUUGGGUCACUGAUUGCUGUAAUAGGAGAUCUAUCAGAGGAGAGUGGCAAGAAGCUCAUUAACAAUGUCUACAAACUGGCUCAUGGUCUGUCAAACCAGCUUAAAGAGUCCACUUACAUGAAGAACCUUAUGAAGACUCUACUUGUCAUCAUUGCUUGUGCCAUCCAAAUGGGUGAAAGUAAUUUUCAUCCAAGCACCCAGACUCUACUUUUCUCUGCUUUGUAUGACUUGAUGGUGGAGAAAAACAGGUACAAAACAAAAGGAAUAACAGAAAAUCAUAUGAUGCUGAGCAUAAAUCAUUGUGGAGACUUAGCUUUAGAUGGAAUAUUUGAUCAAAGAUUUGAUUUUCAGUCUGAGGAUUUAGCUGACAUAAAAGAAAAAUUCCUGCUAGCUUCAGGUCUUCUAAAUAAAUACACAGCUCAAAGACUAAAGCCAACAUAUAGAUUCUUUCACAAAUCAUUUCAGGAAUACACUGCAGGCAGACAACUUUGCAAACUAUUGACAUCCUGCCAAGAAGCAGAGGUGAAGAAAAGGUAUAGUUAUCUACAGAAAAUUAAUAUUAUUUCACAUAUUACUAAUAAUUUUCAAUUGAUCGUCUACACUUGUGGAUCCUCUCUAGAGGCCACUAGAAUAAUUUUGGACUUACUGAAGAGAAUUGAUCAGCAUAGAGAUAAUUCUGAACUGUUUUCAUUAAAUAAUCUGGCUUUGGAAAGAGAAUACACAAAAAAAUCAGAAAAUAUAACAGAAAAGGAAGAUUUAAGAGGAACUGACAAGGAUAUUUUUGCGGAGUGUGUCAUUAAUUUCUUUUAUGAAAGUUCUUCAAAAUCAGCCUUGAGCAGAGAUUUUGAAGAGUUUUUUUGUGAUAAAAGUAUUUACAUUAAUACUCAAAAUAUCCCAACUUAUUUCUCUGAUUUUUUUAGAUACUUACCAAAUUGUCUUAGUGUACUAGAACUCAUUAAGUUACACUUUUUUGGAAAUUACUCAACAAGUAAGGAAAUAGAUGAUGAAAAUGUGGAAGACCUUCCAAUUAAUUCACUUAACACUUACAUUCCUGAAAAGGCUGUCUCCUUAUUCUUCAACUAGAACCAGAGUCUCAGAUCUUUAGAAAUUACACUGCAAGAUUUCAACAAGUUAAAGAAAUGUGAUAUUAAAUAUCUGGGCAAAAUACGUUGCUCUGCUGCAAGCCUCAAGCUGCACAUCAGCAAUAGUGCUGGUAUCACAGGAACAUUGAAAGAAGUCCUUGAAACCUGUGAAAACUUACAAGAUCUUACUGUGGAGUCCACACCUCUUACUGUGGAAGAUCAGCAACAGAUCACAACAAUGACAAAGCUGAAAACCUUAUAUAAAAGAGAUCUGCAAAGUGAAAAUCUGGAAGCAAGUGGACUUAUUGAUGGAAUAAAGAAACUUGUGAAUGCUGAAGGGCUUGUAGUUCACAUAAGUAUGGAUGAAGGUGAUGCAAAAAAAUUAGCUGAAGGUAGCAGAAAUUUGAGAAAGCUACGCUUAUUAUACAUGAAUCACUUGACAGCUAUUGGGGAUGGCAUAACGUACAUUGUAAGAUCAGUCUCUGGUGAACUAAGUGAACUGGAAGAAAUCCAACUAGUCAACUGCUGUAUCUCCAGCAAUGCUGUGGAAAUUCUAGCUCGGAAUCUUUUUAAUUUGCCAAAACUGAAUGUACUUGCUUUGUCGGAAAAUUUAGAAAAGAAAGGAAAAGAUGUUAUCCACAGACUUGUUGAUGGCUUAAAUGUCCUGCCUAGGAUGAAAGUGCUGAUGCUUCCCUGGGGGAAUGAUGUAAAGGUUUGCCUAAAAAAAUUGUUAAAGCUACUGGAAACAAUGCCACAGCUGACGAAACUUGGAUUGAGGAAAUGGAGCCUCACUGAUGUGGAGGUUAGAAUUCUAGAACACCUGCAGAACCUUCAGCAUUUGGACUUGGCAAUGAAUUGUGUGGCAAGCAAACAGCUUUCCUUCAUGCAGCCACUGAUCUCUCUCAAGAAGCUGAUAUUUGUAGAUUUCAGCAGCAAACAAGACUGGGUGCCUGCAUCACUGUUAGUCUGCAAAUUAAGUCAGGUACCAACCACACUGAAAUAUUUAAAGGAGAUUGAAGUCACUGGAUGGAAGUUUGAUUGCCAUGAUCUUGGACUUAUGGAGGGUGCAAAGAAAAACUGCGAAAAACAAUUUCAGCUAGUGCAUUCUUAA